CAACACCAUCACACACCUGGCUCAAUUGGUAGGCAGCCGUUGCUUGGCGGGGCGGCCAUAGCUAGCUAGCUGCUUUGCUUCCUCCUGCCGCUGCUGCUCUCGUUUCCCUUCCCGGCGUCUGCUCGCCCCUGCUCCGCCCUCGGAAUCUCGCCCUGCACUUAUUCCCUAGCCUACCUAGCUUCUACAGUUCAAGCUAGCGCGCAGGCAGCCAGCGACCGAGCUGCGAGCAGUGAUCGGAGAGACAGAUCAGAGGAGCUCACCUGCAGCUUUGAAUGCUCAGAGCCUGAAAGCACUCGAGCAGCCUUGUCCCUUGCUCGCAAACCCUUGCCGCCUUUUGGUCACCUCGGGCUGCGCGCGGAGCAGCACCUGUGCUCUGCUCUGCCUGCCCUGUCCUCCACCUCUCCUGUUCACCGCUCUCCCUCUUCUCGGUUCUCGCUGCCCUGCCAGGUAGGGAGCAGCCUUUCCUCGCCGGUCGCCGUCCUCAUUUAUGUGCUCCCCUCUGUCCACUGCUCGCCUCUCUCCCUACAACUCUGUGCUCUGCUUGUGUCGUGAGUGACUCGUGACCGUGAGCAAGUGCUCUGCGCGCGCUGAGCUAGGAGGAGGAGGAAGGCGGCGACCAUGGCGUGGCGCGGCCGGCUCGGAGAGGCCGGGGACAGCGGCCUCGAGCUCAGCCUUGGCCUCCCGGCCUACUUCGCUAAGCCCUCAGGUUUUGACGCCGGCGAGGAGCCCGGUGACGCUGCUGCUUUUGCUCUCCAAGCUGGCAAAGGGAACAACGAUGCUUCCAAGACGAGGGCCAGGCCAGCAGCUGCUGCUCCGGUGGUGGGGUGGCCGCCGGUGCGGUCGUUCAGGAGGAACCUGGGGUCCUCCAGGCAGUCGCCCCAGUCGUCGUCCGCUCAACGUCUGGACGGCGGCGGCGGCGCCAAGGGAGGCGGCGCCGGCGAGGGCGCGCGCAAGGGCGGCCUGUUCGUGAAGAUCAACAUGGACGGCGUGCCGAUCGGCCGGAAGGUGGACCUCACGGCGUACGGCGGCUACGCCGAGCUCUCCGCCGCCGUCGGCAAGCUCUUCCGCGGCCUGCUCGCCGCCCAGAGGGACCCGGCCGCCGCCGCGGUGGGCAGGCGCUGCGGCGAGGGGGCGGAGGAGGCCGAGGAGCCCGUGAUCGGCGGCGAGUACACGCUGGUGUACGAGGACGAGGAGGGCGACCGGGUGCUGGUCGGCGACGUCCCCUGGGAGAUGUUCGUGGCCGCCGCCAAGAGGCUGCGCGUGCUCAGGAGCUCCGACCUGCCGGCCUCGUCGCUGAGAGCAGGCGGGGGCAGGAAGAGGGCUGCAGCCGACUGCUGAAGCUGGACCAUCCAUGCUCUGUUCUGUUCCAUGGAUCGCCAGCUUGUAGAAAAGGUCCCGGGUGGAGGAGAACGGGCGUGGCCUUGCCCCUUUUUGAUGUCUUUCCGUGUUGCUGCUAAUAGUAACUUGCUAGUAAGUAGUAUAUGGGAUGGAGGGAAGAAGCCAUGACGGUAUUAGGGUCAUGUAAUGCAGUAGUGUUAGGUGUUCAUGAAUCUAUCCCCUUUCUUGCCUGCUUUUGAGUACAUCUCAGUGGUAAAAAAAUGCGGAAUUGUAUGCAUGAAUCUAGUCUUAGUGUGUUCUCGUGGUUGAUACCGUAAGACAGUGGAGUUUUUCUUUUCAAAAAAAAAAGACAGUGGAGCUUGUUCUGAACUUA